AUGGCCCCCCUCGUCUGGUUCAUCACAGGUGGCUCCUCCGGCUUCGGAUACCAGCUCGCUCUCCACGCGCUGGCUGCCGGACACAACGUCAUCGCGACCGUACAAAGCACCACCAAAUCCGCUGAUGCAGUGCAAGGCAUCGAGUCGCGAGGCGGAAGGGUCAUCGAGCUGGACGUCACCAAGGCCGAGACCGUCCCCGACGUGGUCAAGAAAGCAGAGAACAUCUACGGACGAGUCGAUGUUCUUGUCAACAACGCUGGAUAUUCGCUGCUGGGCGCGAUUGAAGAUAUUAGCGACGACGAAGCCCUCGCGCAACUCAACACCAACUUCCUCGGACCCCUACGACUCAUCCGCUCGUUCCUACCGUCCCUACGCGCCCAGGGCAGCGGAACAAUUGUCAACAUCACCAGUAUCGCAGGACUAAAUGCCCUCCCAUCGUGCGGUCUAUACGCAUCCAGCAAAUUCGCGCUCGAGGCGCUAUCCGAAUCCCUAGCUCAAGAAGUCGCACCCUUCAACAUCUCCGUGCUGAUCGUCGAGCCGGGCGCGUUCCGCACGAACUUCCUCUCGGCAGUGCAGAAGACCAAUAAAUCGUUAUCGAAGCCCUACCGUGGAGGCCCUGUGGAUGAUAUGCUUGGGAAGUUCGAGAGCGCACAGGGGAAGCAGCCAGGCGAUGCUGAAAAAGCAGUCGCGAGGAUCUUUGGAGCUGUGACGGGCGAAGGUGUUGCGGGGGAAUUAAAGGGGAAGGUUUUGAGAUUGCCUCUGGGGCCGGAUUGCGUGUCGAGGAUUGAAGUGAAGUUGAAGAGUGUUUCGGCGGACUUGGAGACUUCGAGAGAGGUGGCCAUGGGCACGAAUAUCGAUCAAUGA